CGAACGUUGAAUGUGAAUCUCCUCGAAAAUGAUGACAGUGCUGCUGCCGCUGCCAGGGAAGUUUUCGGGCCAGCUCUGCGACGCAAUGCAGAGGCGAUUUUGCUGUUGAAAAAACGACUGCAAAUUGACAUCGAUGCUUCCCAGAAUUAUAGCAACAAUAAUGAUCCAGCACAAUCAACUACUAGUUCUUCCGGAGCCAACCUCUUCAGAGUAAGCCAAUCACAUCAAGGACAAGUUACCAGUCUAACCGCAAGUAGCACCACUGCUCCUGACCCAGAACCUAUAAUUUCCAUUGUGGAUGCCAAGUUUGGACUACGGGAGAGGAUCGAGAAAUACCAGGCCACGUUCAAGUCCUUCGCUGAUGCUGCACGCAUCGCACUUGCAGCGCGUAACACCCAGGGCAUGGCCGAAGCCGAAGCCGUGUUGCUGAAGCAGAGAGUGUUCCACUCUCAUCUCAAGAAACAACAACAGAGCCUAGUCAAGGAGACGAAGAAAGCGAGGAGGCGUGGAGAAGUCUCAAAAGUAGUCUUCCUGGAAUAUCGCAGAAGGGAAUUGCAAGGUAUCUUGGUCGAUACACGUUUCGACGUCGCGAUUUCUCGUCAGCGUUCUUCGCUCUUGACCGCGGCAGCACGAGCCGAC